AUGGACUCCUUACCAAAAGCAACUUGGGAGGAUGAUGAGACUGCAGAGAUUAUUGUGACCACCAGGUCAUCAAAGAUUUUCGAAGUAGGAAAGGGGAAAGAUUAUAUUGGCAUUGGCAAACAGGAACUACAAAGCGAAAGUUAUGUCCAAGAACUGGCGUAUCGCAAGCAGGAUGGUUCUUUCGCAGCAUUUUUAAGUCGAUCAUCCAGCACAUGGUUGACUGCCUAUGUGGUUAAGUUGUUUGCAAUGGCAUAUAACGUGAUCACAGUUGACAUAAAAGUACUCUGUGGAGCUGUAAGGUGGCUGAUAUUAAUUAAAGAGAAACCUGAUGGUCACUUCAAGGAGGAGUAUGGAGUGAUUCAUGGAGAGAUGAUUGGAGGAAUCAGACAAUCACAAGACAACGUGCCAUUGACUGCAUUUGUGCUGAUAUCACUAACUGAAGCUAAAAGUUUUUGCUUGCAUUCUGUUACGCCUUUUGCCAACCUUCAUAACUUUUCUGCCAUGUCAGCACAUUCAGUGAAACUCAUGAGAGGAGUGAGUGAGAUGUUGCAGCUGAUGAAAACUACGAGAGCUGGACACACAAAGGAAGUGAUCCAGUCGCUGAAAGGGAAACGAGACAACUAA